GGAGGGGUCUGGCGCCCGAUGAGGACACUGCGGUGAGGGCUGGGGACUGCAGGGAGCGGGUCCGCGCGGCAUCCGCACGCGUGGGUACCCGAUAUGGAUCAGUGAUGUAAUGUUAGUGUCAUACAAUCCGAUGAUGUCAUAGCACCUGGUGACGUCGUAUGGGCCAGUGAUGUCAGAUACCCCCAUUAUGUCAUGUUGCAUGCUGAACCAUGGGCUAUGUUAACGAAGGGGUGCUAAGAAGCUCUAGCGAUCCCCUCAACGUGUUGGGGGGGGCACUGCCACGGUAACGUGACAGCCCGAAACUGUCAUGACAACGUGCAGCUGUAAUGGGGGUGCUGUCAUGGCAGGAGGCCCAGGGAUCCCUAACUGCAAAGGGAGAACGGGAACCUCGGAGGAUCGUGGGCCUCGGGAUAAUGAGCUCCGAGAUAAAAGCCCCGCGCCCCAUGACGUCACUCAUCGGCCUCAUUACGUCACAGUCCCCUCGUAUCGCCCUGCGGCCCCAUUCUCUCCGCCGCCCCGAGCGCGGCUCCUCUCGCCGCACUCAAGAUGGCGCCGCCCAUAGCAGCAGCUCUGCAGAGAAGGAGCACUUCCGGGUAACCGCGGUAGCAUUUCCGGCCGUCGCGAUGUCGCCCAGCGUGGCCGAGCUGCUCCUCCAGCGCCUGGAGCGGACGCCGCCGGGCCCCGAGGGCGGCUUGUGCAGCCUGGAGGCGGCCACCGCGCUCGGCCUCGACCAUCAGACGCUCGUGGGAGCCGUCAAGAGCCUACAGGCGCUCGGGAAGGUGAUCGAGGCAGAAACGCGGGCAACCACACGCUGGGAGCUGAGUGCCGAGGGCGCCGAAGUGCUGCGGGACGGCAGCCCCGAGGUGCGGCUCUUCCACAGUGUCCCCACCGAGGGGCUGCUCCAGAGUGACGCCAUGAAGCUGCCCGGCGCCCAGGUGGGCUUCAGCAAGGCCAUGGCCAACAAGUGGCUGCGCCUCAACAAGGGGGCACCCGGCGGCCCCCGUAUUUUCCGUGCCGUGGACGCAGUGCAGGACACGGUGCAGAACAGCCUGCGGCAGGUCCAGGAAGGCAAUGGCAACAGUCUGUCUGAGCGCGAGCGCACUGAUCUGAAGAAAAGGAAACUGCUGCUAGAAGUCACUCUCAAGUCCUACUGGAUCCGCAAGGGCAGCGCCUUCAGCACAGCCGUGGUGCGACAGGAGACUGACCUGACACCGGAGAUGAUUGCCACGGGCUCCUGGCGGAAGCUCCCCUUCAAGGCCUACAACUUCUCAGCACUGGGGCUGCCGCCCACCUGCGGCCACCUGCACCCCCUGCUCAAGGUGCGCUCACAGCUCCGCCAAAUCUUCCUGGAGAUGGGGUUCACGGAGAUGCCUACAGACAACUUUGUGGAGAGCUCUUUCUGGAACUUCGAUGCCCUCUUCCAACCCCAGCAGCACCCAGCCCGAGACCAGCACGACACCUUCUUCCUGCAGGACCCUGCUGAAGCCCCUGAGCUGCCCACCAGCUACAUGGCCAGGGUGAAGAAGGUUCACUCUCAGGGAGGCUAUGGUUCACAGGGGUACAAGUACGAGUGGAAGGUGGAGGAAGCACGGAAGAACCUGCUGCGCACACACACCACAUCUGCCAGCGCCCGUGCGCUGUACCACCUGGCUCACCAGGGUAAGUUCACCCCUGUGAAAUACUUCUCCAUCGACCGGGUCUUCCGCAAUGAGAGCCUGGACGCCACGCACCUCGCCGAGUUCCACCAGGUGGAGGGGGUAGUGGCUGACCGCGGGCUCACUCUGGGCCACCUGAUGGGCAUCCUCCAUCAGUUCUUCACCAAGCUAGGCAUCAGCAAGCUGCGUUUCAAGCCAGCCUAUAACCCCUAUACGGAACCCAGCAUGGAGGUCUUCAGCUACCACGAGGGGCUGAAGAAGUGGGUGGAGGUGGGGAACUCAGGCGUUUUCCGCCCUGAGCUGCUGCUGCCCAUGGGGCUGCCAGAGAGUGUCUCCGUCAUCGCCUGGGGGCUCUCACUGGAGCGCCCUACCAUGAUCAAGUACGGCAUCAACAACAUCCGGGAGCUGGUGGGGCACCGCGUCAACCUGCAGAUGAUCUAUGACAGCCCCCUGUGCCGCCUCGACGCCUGAGUCCUUAUGGAGCACUGUAGUCUCACCCAAUAAACUUCCUUUGUGCA